AUGUCGGUUUUAAUAUGCCAAAGUACUUGUUACAUUGCUGAGGACCAGCUGUUUGAAUGGACAGAAAAGGUGUUUGGCUGCCUUGAGUAUAGAGAGCUCAAUGUGAUGGUGCUUUCAGACAGCCCUGUGGCUGAGUACAAAAUGCCAGACUACCUCUACGGUAGCACCAUCCCCUUCAUACGCUCCCUCAAGAGCAGUGCUUACAAAUGCCAGGCCUUUUGCCCUGCAGUAGGGCAGCCCAGCAUCCUCACUGGACUGCCAGCUGCAGUACUGAGCCACUGCCAAGUCCAUCAGAUUCCAGCUGUUCUGUACCAAUGUUACUCUGAUGUCAUCAGCCCAGACUCAGUCACCAUGGAAACCUACAAACCUGCUCUGACAAGUUUAAGCAAGUUGGUUAAAUUGGAGUCUUGUCCGAGUGCAGACGUCCUCCGAAAGGUUGCUAAAAUCAGCGAGACUCAGAGUAACCUGUAUACUUAA